AGGGGGAAAGACAGAAGGGGAAACCACAGCUACCUAUGCAGCAAGAGGCGCAGUGGCAACAGGGGGGGGUGGCAGCAGUAGGAGGAGGGGGACAGUCGGACAUUACAGCCAGGGAGCCUGGCCAGCCAUUUCCCCCCCCAGCCUGAUAACAAUGGGAGAGAUCAUGACCAUUGCGGUGUGGGUCUGUGGUGCAGGCGGGGUUCGAGCAAGGUUGGCCAGAAGGGUUAUUCUUGUGAAUGCGGGCUUGCAAAGACUGAGAGGAGGGCAAUUUUGCAGACUGCAUCACACCAACAUGAGCAAACUCAGGAGCGGAGCGGUGAUACAUACAUUUGCCCUUCAAGCAAGUGACUUCACAACUGAAAUUCCGGAGAACAGGAUCAAAAGAAGGAUCAAAAGCAGGGACAACAAAAGGUGUGGAGACACCCCCAAUGUCAACAAUCCCAUGGGAAGCCUAUUGAACGGAAUGAGUGCAGAGAAGGAAGCCAAAGAAGCAACGCUCAAACUGGAGAAAGGAAUCACUGCAAUGAAAAUGAGCGGCAAGCGUGUUCCAACAGUCGCAAGCAGUGAGAUUGAUGUCAUCUGGAAGGAGCUUGGCAACAGUGGGGGAAACCUUCCUACUUAUGAGGGAUUUGGCAGCGAAAUUGCGCAUAAUCCAAUCAUCCAUAGCUUUGGAUUCAGCAACCAAGGGACAAAGGGGAUCAGCGGCAACAGGGCAAUGACUAGUAGAUUCACAAGGCUUAGAAGGGUCUUGACCAGAGGAGAUACGGUGCCAGUAUCCCUUGCCGGAGAGGGCAAGGAACAUAACACGUUUCCAUCCAAGGUAAUUGUCAGAACUGGUGAGACCGGGAAUGUGAUCAUAUUUGCCCAUCUGAUAAAAUAA